CAUUAUCAAAAUGGCGACUCACAGCGAAGCACACGAGUUCACCGGAGAAUUCGAGUUUUGUCCUUCCUGUGGAUCUAUCUUACCUCUCCCUGGACACGAACAGUUUGUGUCUUGUCAGACGUGCAGUUAUAAAGUUGACGUAAGAGAUUUUGAUGGUAUCGAAGUACAUUCUAGUAUUGUAUUUAACAAAAGACAGAUAAGGUCCUCAGAAAAAUCAGCAACCAGCAAUUUACUGGAUGGACCCAGGGUUGAGAGAAAGUGCAGUCAGUGUGGCAAUGACAGUAUGAUAUAUCACACAAAACAAACCAGAUCCGCUGAUGAGGGACAAACUGUGUUUUAUUUAUGUCCAAAAUGCAAAUUUCAAGAAUCAGAAUUCUCAUGACCGGACACCCCAACCCUUCCAGUUUUAAUUUAUUUGUCAUAACUUGUUUUUUCUGAAAUGUUGUUGAAAUUCUCAAUAAAGGAAAGAAAAUCCUCAAGAGGGGCCUAGGUUAAUUUGUUUAUGUUCAGAAUCUGCAUCUCGCUUCCAGAAGGUUGGUUUUUAUGUAUCAGUCAGACAUUUCU